GUCCUGUGAGUAUGGGAUGGUCCAUGUCCUUUCAGAGAAGGGAAGCAGCAAAGGGAAAGACUACUGCAUCCUCUUCAAUUCCCAGUGGGCCCAUUUGCCACACGACCUGGGUAAAGCUUCCCUCUUGCAACUGCAGGAUCAGACUGCAUCUGUUUUGUGUUCUCCUUCUGAUGUGCCUGAUGGGGGAUUUAUUAAUCGAAUCCCCAUGGUGAUGCGAGGGAAUUGCACCUUCUAUGAGAAAGUGAGGCUUGCUCAGAUCAACGGAGCUCGGGGCCUGCUCAUUGUUAGUAGGGAGAGGCUGGUUCCUCCUGGGGGUAACAGGAGUCAAUAUGAAGAGAUUGAUAUUCCUGUGGCUCUGCUCAGCUACACUGACAUGCUGGAUAUUGGCAAGAGCUUCGGCAGGUCGGUGAAGGGCGCUCUGUACGCGCCCAACGAGCCCGUGCUGGACUACAACAUGGUCAUUAUAUUUGUCAUGGCCGUGGGGACUGUUGCAAUUGGAGGCUACUGGGCAGGAAGCAGAGAUGUGAAAAAGCGAUACAUGAAGCACAAACGUGAUGAUGGGGCAGAGAAACACGAUGAUGAAACCGUGGAUGUGACUCCAAUAAUGAUCUGUGUGUUUGUAGUGAUGUGCUGCUCAAUGCUGGUCCUCCUCUAUUUCUUCUAUGACCACUUAGUUUAUGUGAUCAUAGGUAUAUUCUGCUUGGCUGCCUCAAUUGGUCUUUACAGCUGUUUGUCUCCCUUUGUAAGAAGAUUCCCAUUGGGAAAAUGCAGAGUCCCAGACAACAACUUGCCUUAUUUUCACAAGCGUCCCCAGAUCCGGAUGCUGCUCUUGGCAGUAUUUUGUAUCUCCGUCAGUGUAAUCUGGGGAGUCUUCAGAAACGAAGAUCAGUGGGCCUGGAUUCUACAAGAUGCUUUAGGAAUUGCUUUCUGUCUUUACAUGUUGAAAACCAUUCGCCUGCCUACAUUUAAGGGUUGUACCUUGCUCCUCCUGGUUCUUUUUGUGUAUGAUGUGUUUUUUGUAUUUAUCACACCUUUUCUAACAAAGACAGGGGAGAGCAUCAUGGUGGAGGUUGCUGCAGGCCCGUCCGAUUCUGCCACUCAUGAAAAGCUCCCAAUGGUCCUGAAGGUUCCAAGACUCAACUCUUCACCAUUGGCUCUUUGUGAUAGACCUUUUUCUCUCCUAGGAUUUGGAGAUAUUUUAGUUCCAGGCUUAUUGGUGGCCUAUUGCCAUAGAUUUGAUAUUCAGGUGCAGUCCUCCAGAGUCUAUUUUGUAGCCUGCACAAUAGCCUAUGGAAUAGGCCUUCUUGUCACCUUUGUAGCCUUGGCGCUGAUGCAGAUGGGGCAGCCAGCUCUCCUGUACCUGGUGCCCUGCACUCUUCUCACGAGCUUCGCUGUGGCUCUUUGGAGAAAGGAGCUCGCAAUGUUCUGGACGGGCAGCGGCUUUGCGGUGAAUACCAGUUUGAUAUGAGUGUCUCCGAGAAAUACUAAUAUUAUAAAACCUAACUAGAAUUAAAAAGGACCUACCUCAGCCUCCCUUGGUGAUAGCUCCUGUCAGCUGCCACGAGCUUCCCAAAGACACCAACGUUCCAGCUUC